GCAGGCUCCUCUGUCUGCAGGCUCCUCUGUCUGCAGGCUCCUCUGUCUGCAGGCUCCCCCUCCUCUCGGUUCAUGAGGACCUGGGUGUUGUUCCCACUCUGAACCACUAGGUGGCGGGCUAAGCUGCAGUAUAGAGCAGUACCAGCUGUUGAAGAGUGUGAACCAUGGGUUCAUGUCUGGUUCUAAUGUUUCUGCAUGUCUCGUGUCUAAGUUCAGUCCACGCAGCCGCUCCGUGGAUAAUCACGGCCAGACUCCAGUUAGAGUCCAGUGUUUCCAUGAGCAGAGAGCAGAGGCAGAGGCAGAGGCUGACCGGGGUGUCAGUCUGCGUGUCUCAGACCCUCCCUCCCCACAGAGGAGGGGAUGGGUCCGACAGUUGUGAGCUCAGCAGCUGCAGCCUUCAGCCGCUGCCUUCUCAGUCUGCUUCGGUGACUUCACCAACUCCUCUGGUCUGAACACGGACUCUCAGAGACCCAGAGACUCACAGAGACUGGAGCCAUGUUCGCGUCUUUCUCUCUGCCCAUGAAGACGGAGCGCAGCCGGAACAAGGAGCGGCUGGAGGCCAACCUGGCCGGUCUCUGUGAGCUGGAGCUGCUCAAACAGAGGCAGGAGGCCCGGGUACUGAGCGCCCUCUGCCUCGGGGACUCUCCGCGGCCGCCUUGGGGAGCUUUACGGUCGGCCCGGUGCGCUCUGGACCUCACGUCGGAUGAGCAACACAACACUCUUCAGUCGACACCAUGGGGCAUCAGUGCAACCUUGGAGCAGCAAGUAGCAGAGCUCAACGUGAACACCCAAGCCAACUCUGCCGACUCUCCAGCUGAUCUAGAGGACCACCCAGCCAGCCCAGGAGGACUCCUUGUAAAGAAGCCUGAUAGAUCUCCUGAGUCACAUGACCACCCUGAGGGGACUGGAAAGAUGGAGACAGGAGAUACCUGGCAGUCAGACCCAACAAGAGACACCACUGCUUUUGUGGAGAUGAGAGUUGUUGACCCAAGUCAGGACGAUUUUCAACAAGUCCAAAAGGUAGAGAGCUACAUUUUUGGAUUGAUCCAGCGGCGAGCUCUUCAAACACGGCCGUCAAAGCCUCGCACCAGCUUAGUGCACGAUGGCCGAGCUGUCGCUGUGGUGAGACAGCACAGUUUCUGCUGCAAAGAAGAGCAGCAUAUGUCAAAACAGGUUUCUGUUCUUGAUAUCUGUCCUUCAUCCCAGCGUUCAGAGGAAACCUCUGCACAGUCUUACCAGUACACUGAGCAGGAGCCAAACAUAGGGGCGGGAUUUUCUGAAAGUCCCCCCCCACCGUACCAUCAGCCCCUCCAGCAAGGGCUCUACCACAGGCUUAGACAGGCCUCCAUGAUGAAUUCUUCCUGCUCAACCCUGCUGGACUAUCCAUCUUUCAAAGUGCUGCAAGCACAGCCAGACUCCAGCAACAGCGAGCCUGAGUCGCCCCAACAGUACCACUGUAGCCCCUCCCCUCCAGGUCUGGCUGUCCCUCUCCAACAGCCUUUACCCCAUGAACAGCUGGUCAGCGCUGAGUAUAUUCCAGCCCAGCCUUGUCGGGCAUCCACCAGAGCCAACGCUCAUCACCACUCCAACCCCAACAAGGGCUCUGGGGUACAGAAACCCAACCAGAGCACCUGCUCCCCAGAAAGAGGCCAUUAUCAUCAAGAACAUCAUCCAGUAGAACCUCAGAUCCAAUCCUCAAGAUCUCGAGGGGGUCCAAAGAAAUGUCGCUCAAAUGAAGAUAGGAGUGGUGCGAGUAGAAAGCCAGGGAAGAAGGCAUGUAGGUCUCAGUCUGAGAACAGCCUACAAAGGGUUCCCGAGCGGAAGUACAAUACAGUAGAGAGGGACUGUGGAGGAAGUGGAAGUGGUGGACGGGGAGGUCGCAGUAGUCAGUCCAGGAGCAAGAAGCAUCAGCAUGGAGGAGGGAACUACAGGCGCUGGCAGUCCAACCAGGAGCUGAGCCAGGAUGAGGCUGACCAGCCCCCCAUACAGGUUCCUAUGCAAGGAUCCUUGGCGUCAAACCAAAGAGAUUAUUGUGGCCGACGCACACGGAAAUCACGCUCUACUCACGCACCAUCGUCCUACCAAUAUCAGCAACACUCACGCCAUCAGCAGAAUUUGGAGUACCAGUUUGAGAGGGACCCAAUGCUCCUGUGUCAGCAGCCUAAUAAAGACUACCCUCACCAAGGUCAGGGUGAGACUGAGUCCAGUAUGAGCGAGGCUGAUUCUCCAGAUUCCAGCUCUUUGUCCAGUGACUCAGAUGAAAGUGGGGGUCUGGUUUGGCCCCAGCAGCUACCACCACACCUGUCCCUCCCAUUACCUUUGGUCUUACCUGGAGCCUCUCCUCAGCCAAAGGCUUUUGUCAAGAUCAAGGCUUCCCACGCCCUGAAAAAGAAGAUCUUACGCUUCCGCACUGGUUCACUGAAAGUAAUGACCACGGUUUAAAGUGCCUUAAACUGAAGGAACAUGAGGCCCAGUGAUCUGAACAGUGGGCUAAAACUGAAGAUCACAGUCACUGUGAGCAUGAAGGUACUCUGGUUCUUUAAGAUCAGAUUCAACUAUAGUCAAGAAGGACAUAGCCGUCAUUUUAGCAGCUUUUUGUCGAGUAUUUCUUUCUGAUCUUAUGAGACGUUUUGUUCACGUGCCCCUUAUUAAACACGUGUCCCUAUGUAUUCUGGUCCAGAUAGAUAUAGAUAGCCAUUCCCAUUAUCCAGACCAGUAUCUGCUGUCCAGGCUCACUGUGGUUUCAACCAUAAGGGAGAGAUCCUGAUGCAGGAACCACAAGGUACAUAUCAGCACGGCGUCCUCACCGGGGAUAAAGACUUCGGCUAGAUCAGCUGAAACUUCAAGCCACUGGUGCAGCCGUUGGAGGCUUAAGCCCAAAUCUUACUGCUUAUUUUUAAAGCUGUUACUUUGUUUAUUGUUCCUUUAGGACAGCUGAGCCAACAAACCAAUGGAAAUUUUACAAAUGGGGGAUUUUUACCACCAGAUACCUGAGUAUGACCAGUGGCAGGUUGUUUUGUGAGCAUGAAUGAGUGAGAAAGGGUGUGUGUGUGUUGAGUUUCAUUCAUCAUCUCAGUAAAUAAGAUGCUACAUGUCUAAUUAGCCUAUGUGUUGUAAUGAACAUUCAGUUUUGAAGUGAAGACGUCAGACUGAAACGUGGCUGCAGGUGUGGGCUCAGACAGUAAAGGUGAGUCAGACGGUCAUAGACCCAGAGGAGCAGAUGUCUGCUGCUGAGGGAUGUGAUCAGGAGACAGAGAGAUGAUCAUACAUGAAUGGACCUCGCUGCCAUCGCGUAGCCAAACAGAAAAAUCAAACCGUGUUUGUCCUUUCUAGAAGCCGGUAUGCUCACUGAAGUAUGAAACCUUUAAAAUAAUCAUGUCUACAGUUUCAGAAAUAAAUCUGUGCC